GUGGCUUUGAACUUGUGCCCCUCGUUGUCAUGUCGGUUAGCUUGAAGAAGGAGACUUGUUGCAGCUUCAUGGAAGUACAAACACGGAAACUUGUGUGAACGAUGUAUUGUUUAGAGGAAGCGCCAGAGCGCGACGCUUCUUCAGGUCGCGGUUUGUGACGGGUCGAUGUGGAGGAAUGGACGGAGGAGGCAGAAUGGUCCACGGCGGAACGGAGCCGGGACCGGCUGAAGAGGCUCUGCAUCAGUGCCAGCUCAUCCAGAACCUGGUGGACAUCUCCAUCUCCAGCCUGCAGGCUCUCAGGACCACAUGCGCCGCAUCCAACGACCUCACCCGGCGGGAGAUCCGCAAUUUAGAGGU